CGAUGGUGCAAUCGGCCAACAUCAGGCUCAGGGGCACCAGCGAAUGCGGUGGUUGAGGGAGAGAGAAAAAAAAACCAACAUCGCAGCUUGAGCCCAAGAAAUCAACACCCGGCUUCAUCCAAAAAGCAAGCACCUGCCAUAUAACUCCCCCGCCUCGGCAGGCUAUUCCCGGCUCGGCAGACUUGUUCCGCUUGCGCUGAGAACCCUGGCUGGGCAGUUCGCAGCUGACGCAGAGGGCAGCCCCUCGGCGCUUUCCCUUCCCAAUUUCUUUGUUGUGCGCCAUGCCGCCGUUCCAUGGUGCCCAUCACCCAGGGCCCUCUCUGGGGCGCCGGGUACUUCUGGAGUGGUACCUUUUGGGACGCAGGAUGAGAACACCUUGUCACCACCACAACCAACGACGCGUAUUAUAUCAGACGGCGCUGCGACCCCCAACUCUGCUGUCGCAACUGCCACCUGCCCUCUCCUCGCCCAGCUGUCGUAUUGACCCCCGACCGACACCCACGAAGCGCACAGCCAGCAUCACCACUACCACUCCCGCCAUGGCGGCCACCCAGACUCGAGGCCACGCCGGCCACGGCCACCACCACCACCACCACCACGACAAUGUCUACCUCACGUCGCGCAACAAGAAUGAUGCCGGCGUCCGCAUCACCCGCAUCGGUCUCGCCUCCAACCUAGGCAUGGCCAUCGCCAAGGGCGCCGGCGGCUACAUGUUCAAUUCGCAGGCUAUGGUGGCCGACGCCUGGCACAGCCUGUCGGACCUGGGCUCCGACAUCCUGACACUCACCACCAUCACCUGGAGCCUGCGCCCGCCCUCGGACCGCUUCCCGACCGGCUUCGGCAAGGUCGAGAGCCUUGGCUCGCUCGGCGUCUCGGGCAUGCUCCUCUUCGGCGGCCUCUUCAUGUGCUACAGCAGCCUCGGUACCCUCUACGCCCACUUCUUUCUCGACCCUGCCGCCGCCGCCGAGUUCAUGGCGCACGCCCACCACGGCCACUCGCACGGCGCCCUUGGUCACGACCACGGUCACGGUCACGGUCAUGGCCACAUCGGCCCGAGUCUGAACGCGGCCUGGCUUGCCGCCGGAACCGUGGUGGUCAAGGAGUGGCUUUACCAUGCCACCAUGAAGGUCGCCCGCGAACGAAAAUCCUCUGUCCUCGCGUCCAAUGCCGUGCACCACCGAGUCGACAGCCUCACUGGCAUCGUGACCUUGUUGGUGGUCCUGGGCGCCAACUUCUGGCACAGCGCCCAGUGGCUAGACCCGACGGGCGGCCUGCUGAUCUCGCUCCUCGUCAUCCGCGCCGGGGUCGGCAACACGAUCUCUGCGGUGCAGGAGCUUGCGGACCGCAGCAUCGACGGCGAGAUCAAGCAGUCGGUGCGCAAACAGGCGAUCAAGGCGGUCGAUGCUCUCGAGGAGAGCCUGGUCCUGACGGCAGAGAGGCGGAGCGAGGUCGAGCUGAGGGAAGUUGCGGGCGUCAAGUCUGGCCAGAACUACCUGGUCGACCUCGAGCUCUCGGUGCCCGGGCGCUGGACCGUCGAGGAGUGUCGCGCGGUCGAGGACGCCAUAAGGACGCGCGUCGGCGGCAAGGUGCGCGGCGUCCGGCGCGUGCGCGUGCGGUUCGUGCAGAGCGAGGUCGUCGAGAGGCGCAAGUUUGAUGAGUUCAUCCCGGGCGAGGUCAGCCCCAGGGCCAGCCCGGAACCCGAGGACGAGCACGAGCACGGCCAUGCCAACGGCAAGGGCGACAACAGCCACCCUAAGUCAAACUGAACAGACUACCCGACGUACAUAUUGUAUACAACUGGCGUUUGUGGCGCAACCUGGCAACAAGUGGAAUCUGGGCGGGAGUUUCUGAGGAUAAAAGGUGUUCCAAGGUCUAGAAUUAUUUGGAUUUGUAUCUAGAAUGCGUGGCUAGGUUUCUUGUCAUACCACCUAUCUUUUUCGGUAUAUGUUUUUGUGCUUGGCAGCGGAAUUCAGCGGCUUAAAAGCAUGCCAUUGCGUGCCAUGAUGCGAAGGCUUCGUCUUU